AAAAAAAUCUAUUGGUGGAAGGGAGUGGGAGAACAUUGCUUUGCAAUUGCGGCAAUCGGGAGAAAUUGGGAGUCUGAGACAGAAUUUUGGUCUACUUUCAGACGGUGGGAGCUCGUCUUUGCUGCACUGAAUGCAGAAUAAGUUGGCCAAAGGAGAGUUUGAAGUUAUGAAGUUUGAUCCCAAGGGUUAAGAGCAACUAAUACCCCAAGUAAACUGAAAAGACACGAUGUUCUCUUUAUUUUAUGGCCUCUGGAAGUACAUAUUUAGUAAGACAGAAUUUCAUGUUCUCAUCCUAGGAAUCGACAAGGCGGGGAAAACGACUUUGCUUGAGAAGUUGAAGUCAUUAUACUCGAACUUGGAAGGUCUAUCCCCUGAUCGGAUUGUUCCAACCGUUGGACUCAAUAUUGGGCGUCUAGAGGUGUUGAAUGCAAAACUUGUCUUCUGGGAUCUGGGAGGUCAGCCUGGCCUUCGGUCUAUUUGGGAGAAAUAUUAUGAAGAGGCACAUGCUGUGAUCUAUGUAAUCGAUGCUGCUUGUCCAUCAAAAUUUGAAGAUUCCAAAUCUGCACUGGAGAAAGUUCUUCGACACGAGGAUCUGCAAGGAGCUCCACUUUUGGUUUUAGCAAACAAGCAGGAUCUUUCUGAAGCAGUAUCAGCUGAAGAACUUUCUCGUUAUCUGGAUCUUAAAAAACUGGAUGAAAGAGUUUACAUGUUUGAAGCUGUUUCUGGUUAUGAUGGGAUGGGGAUAAAGGACAGUGUUGAAUGGUUAGUCGAUAUAAUGGAAAGAAGUAAGAGAACCGAAACAUUGAGAGCUCGAGCAGGCGUUAGAGGCCCCUAAUUCAUGCAUCCACCGGUGUGAGGGCACCAACACAAUCUGGCUUCCUGUCACCUGUUAUCUAGCUUUACUACAAACAUGUAAUGAAAAUCUUGAUUCAAGGGCUAAUUGGUAGCAUUAGAUUUCCCAACCAAACAAGUACAGAAUUACAUGCGUUUGAUCCUGAAAAUGUUUUCAUAGGCAAUGUUGGCCUAUCAUGUUUCAUACAAAUGAUCUAAGCUUUGUCAUCCUUUAUUCUUAUAAAGUUGUUACAUUCUUGUUGGUG